GCGACUCCAGUCAUGACACCAGUGAGGGGAUGGACAGAAGAAGAGCUUACAAAAGAUCGUUUCCAGGAACCUCACAUUACAGUCAGGUCUCCUCACCCCUCUGGCUUUGGUUAAAAAGAGGAGUUUGCUCUGAUAGAGUGAGGUGGAAUUAUGGGUGUUUCAUCUCUCCUUGUGUCCCUCGCCUUGCUUCUGUCCCAUGUUUUAGGGGCUGUUGUGGACCCCAUGCUCCCUUUCUCGGACUACCUGGACCCAGGAAACAGCACCAUGCUCCGGUGGGGAUUUGACCUGGUGAAGAACUCCAUUCUGUUUGAGCUGAGUAUGAAGACCACCGGCUGGGUCGGCUUUGGCUUCAGCCCCAGUGGAGGAAUGGCAGGAGCCGACAUCGUUAUUGGAGGAGUUGGACCUAACGGCAUAUAUUUCACGGACAGGCAUGCAGUGGGGAACUUUGUACCUCUUCUGGACGAGCAGCAGAAUUAUGAAUUGGUCUAUCUGACUGAAGCAGACGGACAAACAGUGAUGAAGUUCAGGCGGUCCAUCAGUGCCUGUGAUGAAGAUGACUACCCAAUCACUGAAGUGCCAGUUAAGCUGAUCUAUGCCUACGGUGAGACUGACAACAUCAGCUUCCACGGGAGCCAUCGAGGUACAAAGGAAGUGAACCUGCUGAAGUUCAUGCCCAGAGUCAGAGUGCCGGACAGCCAAUACUUUGACCUGACCAUGACCAACUUUACUGUACCGGCCCAAAACACUUACUACCACUGCAAAGUUAUGAGAAUUCCUGCAUUCGAUCGUAAAUACCACAUAUACCGGGUAGAGCCACUGAUAGACAAUCUAGACCUGGUGCAUCAUCUGCUGCUGUACCGCUGCCCACCGACCGUAACUUCAGCCAAAGAGCAAGCAUGUUACACAGAGGAAGCUCAAGCUGAGUGCUACCAGACCGUGGCUGCAUGGGGGGUGGGAGGAGGGGCCUUUGAACUUCCUGAGGUUGCUGGGAUUCCUGUAGGGGGCAAUGAAGGGGAAACUUUCUACAGGCUUGAGGUGCACUACAACAACCAGUAUGAAACUCCAGGUCGUGUAGAUAACUCAGGCUUGCGGUUUUAUUACACCGCUCAGUUGCGGCAGUAUGAUGCUGCUGUUCUGAUGACAGGACUAGCAAUCGCUCCAGGUUAUGCAAUCCCACCCAACGCCACUGACUUCCUCUCAUACGGCCUGUGUGACACUAGCUACAUUCCACAGGUACAGUCAUCUCUGAGUCUGCCCAAGACUUUACAGGUUUUCUCAGUCAUUCUACACACACAUCUGGCAGGAAGAAAGGUGCGAGUUGGCCAAUUCAGGGAUGGGGAGCAGAUUGAUUUCGUAGCUAUGAAUGAACAUUACAAUUUUGAAUUUCAGCAAGCUGUGAACCUGGGAAAAACUAAGACCAUUCAGCUGGGUGACAAGCUUCUGGUGGAAUGCACAUACAACACUGAUAAUCGAACAGGACUCACUUGGGGGGGGCUCUCCACUACCAAUGAGAUGUGCCUGGCCUUUCUCUUUUAUUACCCAGCUAUGAGCCUGAGCAGCUGCGUUAGUUUCCCAGAUCCACAGGCCCUCAGUCAGGAGAUGGGUGCAGCUAAUGAAAUUGAUUGGUACAAACUAAUGAUCUCAAAGCGUUGGGAUGGAAAGUCAGUCAAAGAGUAUCAACAAACGCUCAAGAGGAUUCAGCAGUAUGUAGUAGUCGGGAACAUAGCGGUAAGUUCAAACAUGUCGCUCUACACAGGGAUGAUUCCUGAGCUCAGAGCCACUCCAUCUGUGAGCUGCAAUACAAACAGGUCUGACAUGAUGACUCCUGCUGUGGGGUUAGUGCUGCUCCUCUGGCUCAUAGCAUCACUGGGUCUAUCAUAACACUCCUCAUGACCACAGCAGUGGAGGUGGUCAAACAAGAAGACAAGUGACAUUUGAGUGACUACUUAGUAAUGGUAGUACUUCUUCACUCAGAUAAUGAAGUAAUGACGUGAAUGGUUGGUUUCAAUGGCUAGAUUUGGUUACUUGGUGUGGCACAUGCGCUAUAUGUCCAAAAGUAUCCAGAAACCCCCUCUAAUGACUGAGUUCAGCUACUUUAAGAUGCACCAUUUACUGACACAGGUGCUCUGUUCUGCACACGCAAUUUGUAUAAUCUCUAUAGAAAAGCACUGCCAAUAGAUGGGGAGACACUCUGUAGCGGCAGUAGAGCAGUGGAACUGGAAUGAUGGAGCUCUGUCCAAUACCUUUGGGUUGAAUUGGAGUGAAGUUUGUGAUCCUGAGCUAAUCAACUAACAUCAGCACCUGACCUCACUAAUGCUCUUGUGAAAACAUUCAAAUCCUCACAGCAAUGUUCCAACAUCUAGUGUAAAGCCUUCCCAGAAGAGUAGAGGUUGUUACUACAGUAAAGGGAAACAAACUCCCCAAUAAUACGAUUGAUUUCAGAAGAAACGCUGGAUGAGCAGGUGUCUACAAACUUUUGGACAUACAGUGUAUGUUGCUUUAGUUUACUUAGGUUUUUGUUGUCAAUGAAGAUUACACCAAUCAAUAUAUCAAUCAUACUGAUAUUUCACCUAUUUCUUAUGCCAAAAGUUUUUUGUAAAAAGCGGACUGAAGUAGAAGAUUAUUGUUCUCAGUUGACCAAAAUGAAUAAAACAUUUUAAAGGAGCUGAUUUUCUUCUUGUUCCUCUUGUUCCCACAUUCUAAUAUGUAAGUAAAGUAAAACAAAUGAGACAAUUGCAAAAGCUAUAGGUGCUAUUUUGAAUCAGUCCUUUAAAGUCAGGCAUACACUGUGCGAUUUUUUAAAUCUUGUUCUUUGCUGACAACUCGCACUGUACGUUUUAAUCGUCUAUUGUUUAUGGAUAAAGGCUGCAAUUUAUAUACUCACGCUGUACAAAACCACUCGACUGACAUGACUCACACUGCAGGCUCUCUGUCUACAGACAAUUUCCAAUAAAGCUGUUUCAUUCAAAACAACUCACUGCGCUUCCGAGUCCUGAGCAAAAACACGGGUUAAAUCUCAA